CGAGCCUACCUGAUGCAGCCCAGUGGGUGACACCCGACAAUUCCUCCCUUUUUUCAGGAUUUACCUCGACGGUGCACGGUGCGACUUGUUCGUUUCGCUUCGCUUCGCUGUCCCGUCCUCCGAAUUUCCUCCAUUACGAAUGCCUUCAUUCUGUCUCCUGCGCCUACAAUGAGAACGUCAACUAGCUAACGGUUUGCUGCUUCUCCGUACUGACCUCGACUUGCGACCUCGACCCACGCAGGGCAAAAUUGUGCGUACGUGGCUACGGCUUUAUCAAGGCAGCCGACCACCAACUAGCACGUCGCACGACAACCUACGGUGCAAACGCGAGGCCAAACCUACCCCUCGUCCUGCAGCCCUUGCGCGAUGACUCUCUAACAAGAUGCCGUUUCCACGUCGUCCUUCGGCAUUCCUCCGAUAUCUCCUCCCAGCGCUCAUACUGACGCUGACCUUCUACAUUUUGACCCAAACCAAAGGCCUUUCCUCACAAAUCGGCCCACUCCUUCCCGCGGUUUCUUGGAAGCACAAGAAUGGCUCGAACCGGCAUCCUAUCGACAAACUAGUCAAGAAGGCCGAUGAGGAGUUUUCCAGCUUGAUCUCGCGCGCAACCUCAACUCUCGAAGAUGCGGCCGCCGCCUACCGCAAGCGCCGGGGCCGCCAUCCCCCGCCUAGCUUCGAUAAGUGGUACGAGUUCGCACGCCAGAAGAACGCCAUCAUCGUGGAGGAGUUCUGGGAUCAGAUAUACCACGAUCUUGAGCCGUUCUGGGCUCUCAAGCCGGCGCAGAUCCGCAAGGACGCCCGCGAGUUCGAGAUGCGCAUCGAGAUCCGCGACCAUAAAGCCUCGACUAGGAGCGACUGGUUUUGGACGCAGAUCUGGCUGGAGAUGCUCCAGACGAUCGAGCACCUGCUUCCGGACAUGGAUCUCGCGCUGAACCCAAUGGACGAACCUAGGCUAGUGGUUCCGUGGGAGGACAUACAGGGAUAUAUGCGGCAGGCGGCAAAGACGAAGACCAUGGAGGAUCCACGGGGCGUGGUGAGUGAGUUUGGGAAGUUGCCUCUGCCUGGGAAGGAGACGUUGGAAGAAGAGGCUGCGCCUGAGAGGAUAUGGGAGCACGAAAAGCACUACUGGCUCAUAGCCCGCCGCGGCUGCGCACCCGAUAGCCCGGCUCGCAAAGCGGACGUCGUCACAGACUUCAACAGAACCCCUUCCAUUGCCAGCAGCUUCGACUUGAAGCAUAUGCAGGAUGGUUACGUCGUCAACUACACACUCAGCACCGACUUCUGCCACCAAGCCGACCUGCAGGCCCUCGAAGGCAUCUUCGUCGAACCCCUCAGCGUUUCCGCUACCAGAUCCCUUCUCCCGGUCUUUGGGGGCUCCAAGCUAGCGGUCAACAACGACAUCCUGCUCCCCGCGCCUAUGUAUUGGAACGAAGAGGAGCGCUUUACGGGUGCCGAAGGGGCUAGCAUCCCCUGGGAAUCCAAGCACUCAUCCGCCAUCUGGCGCGGCGUUGCGACAGGCGGCCUCAACCGAGAAACCAACUGGCGCUCGUUCCAACGCCACCGCUUCGUCGCGAUGAACAACGCCAGCCAGCUCGCCCUAGCCGCGUCAGGCGCCAGCCCACCCCUAAACUUUGCGCUCCCGGCCAAGGAAUACCACCUCGCCGCCACUCGCAGCAGCAGCAGCAGCAGCAGCAGCAGCAGCAGCAGCAGUAGCACCAACAGCGACCUCACCCUGCCCGGUUGGCUCUCCGCCACCACCGACAUCGCCUUCACCGACCUGAUGUGCGCCCACGACGGCUUCUGGCCGGGGUGCAACUACACGGACGCGUACUUCGCGCCGGUCCCGCCGAUGCCCAUGGCGGAGCAGUUCCGGCACAAGCUGCUGCCGGACGUGGACGGCAACUCGUUCAGCGGCCGCUACCUCGGCUUCCUGCGCUCGACCAGCCUGCCGGUGAAGGCGGCGCUGUGGCGAGAGUGGCACGACAGCCGGCUCGUCGCGUGGAAGCACUUCGUGCCCAUGGACGCCCGGUUCGGCGACUGGUACGGCAUCCUCGAGUAUUUCCUCGGCUGCGAGGCCGCCGGCGUGCCGGGGAGGGAUGGGGUUGCGGAGCGCAUUGCGAUGGCGGGGCGCGAGUGGGCCGGCAAGGUCCUCCGGCGGGAAGAUAUGCAGGUGUACGUGCUCAGGUUGUUGUUGGAGUAUGCGAGGGUGGUGGAUGAGAGGAGGGAGAAGAUGGGGUGGGUGGGGGAUUUGCUGCGCUGAGGCGCAGUGGCCAGCAACGUGCAGGUGUGUCUUGUUCCUGCAUUGGAGGAUCUUCAAUCUCGAUUGGGCCAUUCAAGUAAAGUGAGUGGGACCUCUGGCGCACGGUGCGUCAUGACCAGGGAGUGGGCGCAGGAUCUCAACUUUCUCCCUCAAUCUCCUCCUCAAUCUGAGAAAUUCUCAGUCCAAGUUGCUCCCGAGCUCCAGACUGAAUUCGGCAUGGCACAUCACUUGAUCAACUCUGCCAGGAUUCCUUGGUAAUUACAAGACUUCUCGCCAGGUAUUUCCGUGCACAAAAAAGGCCCGUGACACCCAUGAACCAAACGCGCAUGUCUCCCGACCAGUCCCAGCCG